AUGGCAAAAGAGGACAAGAAGAGAAAGCACAAAUCACAACACGACGAUGACAGCAAAAAGUCGAAAAAGAAACACCGUUCCGAGAAAAAGUCUGCCACCAAAAUCGUCAGCGUUUCUUCGCCUUCCCCAGCACCACCAGCAACUCCCAAAUCAACCUCCUACAGUGCGUUUUCAGAAAUCGUCGGCAGACUCUAUGUGCACCUUGCACCCAUGUGGGCUGGCAAUGUUAUGGAAGGUGUAACUGAACAGUUGAAUGCUUUCCUUAUGAAAUACGUUCCUCAGUUGGAUGGCAUUGUUCUUGCACACAGUGAUACUGAACUUAUUACGGAGAAGGGUCAAAUUCGCAAUGAUUCACCAUUCUGCCACUUUUUCAUUCGUGUCAAGUUUUUGGUAUGGAAGCCUAAAAAGGGAGCCAAGCUUGUGGGUCGCAUCAAUUUACAAUCCCAGGAUCAUAUUGGUCUUUUGAUUUUCGGCACAUUCAACGCAUCAAUCCCCAAGGCACGCAUACCAGCUGAUACAUAUGAAUGGCGAUCUUCUGUGGAUUCUUCAGAAGAACCAGUGACCAAGGAUCAAGAUGAGGAUGACAAUGAAGAUGAGAAUGAGGAUAUUCAACAAGAUGCUGAACAACAACGAAGCCAAUAUGGUGAAUGGAUCAACAAGUCUACGGGUGUACCUGUGGGUGGCGAUGAUGGCAUCGUUGAGUUCAAUGUAGUCGACAUCAUCGAAGCCAACGAUAUCCUUACUGUUGGAGGCUCCUUAUAG